AUCGAAGAUAGAGAAAAGCUCACACUGCGACAAACCCGAGCCACAGAAAGCGCCAAAUUGCUCCAUAAGAUGGCCGGGUCACAAUUGAAGAGGCUAAAAGCCUCUCUCAAAGACCAAGGAAUUAUUGGUCCCCAGCAGUCCAAGAAACAGAAGCGCAAGAAUGCCGAGGAACAGAAGGCGAGACCCGACAAGCGCCUACAGCGAGGGGAGGCCCUAGCCAGCAUCCGCGAGCAGUUCAACCCCUUUCAGUUCAAGACGAACGCCCGGGGACCCAAGUUUGAGGUCACCACCAACAAGCCGGCCAAUGACAAGGCGACCAUGAGCAUCAAGGGGCGGCCGGGGUUGGCAAAGGCAGUGGGCGAGGAACGGCGGCGGCAAACCCUUCUUGUCGAGAUGCAACGGCGCAACAAGGUCGGCGGGCUUAUCGACAGGCGCUUUGGCGAGGAUGAUCCGAAUAUGUCACUUGAGGACAAGAUGAUGGAAAGAUUCACCCGAGAACAGCAACGAAAUCACAAGAAGAGCUCCAUGUUCGAUCUUGAAGAGGACGACGAACCGAUGGGAGGAUUGACCCAUAUGGGCAGGCCCCUAUUUGACGACGACGAGGAGGUCCAGGCACCUGUGAAGGAUGACUUCGAUGAGGAGGAUCUACCGUCGGGCGAUGAAUCCGACAACUCCCGCGCCGAAAGACGGAUGUUGAAACGCCAACGCCGAGCGGAAGCUGCGGGUGAGCAGGAGGAGGAGGAUGACGAGGACGACGAUCAGCCUGAACGGAAAAAGACGAAAAAGGAGAUAUACGAGGAAGUCAUUGCCAAAUCAAAACUGCACAGAUACGAACGACAAGCCGCCAAAGACGAGGACACCGAGCUCAGAGCCGAACUCGACCAAACCAUGCCUGAGAUCCAGGCACUUCUCUUCCAGAGACAAAAGCCGCCGGCAAAGGAUGGCCCCUCCAUGGCCAUUGCCGGGAAGGACAAAACAGCCCUUGAUAAGGAUUACGAUCUUCGGAUAAGACUGCUCGCGGCCGAUAAACGAGCACAGCCAGCUGAGAGGACGAAGACGGAGGAGGAAACUGCAGAAGAGGAGUCGAAGCGACUCAAGGAACUCGAGGAGCGCCGGCUUAGGCGUAUGCGUGGAGAGGUGGUUUCGGACGACGAGGAGGACGAGGAGGGCAAGGGCAGAAAAGGGAAAGCGAAUGCGGACGACGACGACGACGCGUUCGAUGCCGAAGAGAAUGACGAAUAUGGCCUGGGUACGGGCGUCAGAUACCGGCCGACUGCCGCCGAACUGGGAUUCGACGACGAAGACGACUUCCUGAUUGACGACGAUCUCGUUGCCAGUGGGUCCGAAUUAGAGAUUGAAAGCGAUAUGGAAGGGGAGGAGAGCGAUGAUGAGGAUGCUGGGUCAGAAUCUGCUUCUGACGACGACGAAUUUGUUAAGGGGAUCUUGACAGAAGCUGUCACAAAAGAUCCGGUCUUUCAAAUAUCCGGCAACGCCAAGGGAGACGACGAGGACGGCAUUCCCUACACGUUCCCCUGCCCACAAACCCACGACGAAAUGCUCCAGGCUUUCGACGGUAUCGAAGUCUCGAAACUCCCAGUAGCUGUCCAGCGGAUCCGGGCUCUCUACCACCCCAAGCUGGAUAGCAAAAACAAAGAGAGGCUGGGCAAAUUCUCGCAAGUCCUCAUACAACAUGUCGGGUACCUGGGCGAUCAUUUUGAGCCGCAAUGGUUUCCUGCAUUGGAAAGCCUGAGCCGGCACAUCCAUUCGCUCGCGAAGUCCUUCCCUAUCGAGGUGGCCAAGGCAUAUCGCGCACACAUCCAGGAGAUCGAGCAAGAACGACCUCUGGCUCUCACCGUUGGGGACCUUGUCCUUCUGACUGCGGUCGGCACAACCUUCCCAACGUCGGACCAUUUCCACCAAGUGGUCACUCCCGCGAUGUUAGCCAUUGCUCGCUACCUGGGGCAAAAGAUGCCUCAGGCGCUCUCAGACUACGCGACUGGAACCUAUCUCUCAAUCCUCGCACUCCAGUAUCAGCAGUUCUCAAAGCGCUAUGUGCCGGAACUGAUGAAUUUCUGCCUCAACACUCUCUGCUCUCUCGCCCACGAGAAGCCACCACAAAGCUUGGGCUUCUUCCCAGUUCACGAACCGGCAGCGGGGACCCGGAUUAAGGGCGCCAGCAAAACCGCCAUCCGGCAACUCAACUGCGGUGACUGCCAGCCAAAGCAGUCCCUCUCCACCGCCGAAGAAGCCUCACUCAAAGUAGCCAUCCUCAGCACCACCACAGCGAUCCUCAAAGCCGCAGCAGAGACGUGGCACAAACUCCCCGCCUUCCACGAGACCUUCCACCCGGCCUCCCUCAUCCUCCAACACCUGACCUCCAAGCCCAACAGCACGCACCUCCCCCGCGCCCUAACCAGCAAGCUAACCGACGCAACCGCGACCAUCGCCCGGCUCCUGCAGCUCGCGCGCCUCUCGCGGCGCCCGCUCGAGCUGCACCACCACCGGCCCCUCGCGAUCCGCACGUACGUGCCCAAGUUCGAGGACUCGUUCGACCCCGGAAAGCACUACGACCCGGACCGGGAGCGGGCCGAGCUGGCCAAGCUGCGGGCGGAGCACAAGCGGGAGCGCAAGGGCGCGCUGCGCGAGCUGCGCAAGGACGCCGCCUUCGUGCAGCGCGAGAACCUGCGCGUCAAGAAGGAGCGCGACGCCGCCUACGAGAAGAAGUACAAGCGCCUCGUCGCCGAGAUCCAGGGGGAGGAGGGCAAGGCGGCCAACGAGUAUGCGCGCGAGAAGGAGGCGAGGAAGCGGAAGGCUGCGAGGGCGAGGUAGAGAGUUGUGUAUGUGUUUGUGUAGGCGUCUGUUAUGUGUUGUGGGUGGUGUUUGGUGGGAUUGGUGGUCUGUGUUGUAUAUAUAUAUAUGUAUAUACAUGCAGCAACAUUUGUUGCAAGGCUUUGGAAAUGUGCUCUGGUGGUUUGUUGCAAUACCAGAGUCGGCAAUUCAUAUGUCACUCACGUCCCUG